GUAAAAUAGAAUUUGUAAAAGUCGCAUCUUGUAACGACAAGAAAAAUGAACUUGAUUCCGAGUCCAAAUGCUGGACAGCCACAUUCGUUUUCUGUUAUAAACUUUGAUAAUGAUGAGAUUUUACCCCGCAGUGGUCACAGGAUUGUACUGGACCGACAUUGCCUGUACAGUUGGGGAGGUUACAACGCUGACUUGUGGGAACGGGAGAAUGAUGAACACACACGGUUUCCAUUGCUAAGAGAGUUAUUGGAGUUCAACUUCACAAUAGGAAAAUGGAGAAAACUGACAACCACAGGACAAUGUCCAGAGGGCUUGGCCUCACACACUGUGAUAAAAAUCAAUCGACACCUCCUUCACCUGGGGGGAUCAGGUGUACCAUUCGGCCAGUCCAACUCUAAUGCACUGUUUGAUCUCAACCUGGACACCCUAGAAUGGAAAUGUAUCCUUCCAGAAGACCAAGACAAUGCUCCUAGACCUAAAUACGGCCAGGCAAUGGUGUGUGUAGAUGGUUACCUGUAUGUGGUUGGGGGUACCAGUGGGUAUAUGUAUGACAUGGACGUGAAUAGACUCAACUUGGCAGACCUCACCUGGGAGUCUCUCGUUCCUAAAUCAGCAUACGUGCCAGAAGAAAGAUAUAGGCAUGAGGUGGUCCACUUCAAAGAUAAGCUGUACAUGAUUGGCGGGGGGACAGCGCUCACUGCCUUCCCCCUCAACGAAAUAGAUUCCUUCGAUAUUGUCAGCCACCGGUGGGAAAAAGUUCUCACAAAGCCUUAUCAUAGAAAAUCUAGACCCAAAGGAGUGUAUCCAUCCCCCAGGAAAUGCCACAGUUGUCACCUUGUAGUUGAUAGCAUGAACCAAGAAAAUGCAGACAUCUAUUUGAUUGGUGGCAUGUCGGAAUCCAAGAUCGAGCAAUAUUUGUGGCGAUUGAAUCUUCCCAGCUUGCAAUGGACCAUGAUUUCUCCACGCCUUCGACUACCAGUGCCAGUGUACUUCCAUGCCAGUGCUAUAUCCAGUGAAGGUUGUCUGUGUAUAUUUGGUGGAGUAACCAAGAUAGACUCUGAGCGGACAAACAGCCUUCAGACAGUGUGGCUGACCGUGCCGUCGCUACAGGCGAUGAGUUGGCACGCGGUGUGCGCUAGACUCGACACGGCCUCCAUAACGGACAAUGUGCAGGGGCUCAGGGAGGCCGGGGUACCAGAACAACUGCUCGACUUCAGAUGAUAGUGGUGUUACUGUGGUCACCUUGUUGUUUGUUGUUAUCUUGAGAUUUGUGUGCUGAAUUGUUGAUGAUAAAGGAUAUGAACCAGGUCUUUCAAGGCUCUCGGAAACGCUUAAUCAAGCGUAUUGGUACGCAUAAAUUUGAAAAAUGUCGCCUAUUUGAAACCAAUUGAGAGUCACCAGGACGGGUCUUUUUGAAUAACUGGGAUCUUCAAGUCAAUUCAUUAACAAACAAAACAUGUAGGGCAACCUCCUAUUUAAGCUCAAGCAAACACAAUCUAUUUCCUCACACCUGUUUAAAAUCGAAUAAAUCAAGUGCAGUAAUGUUUCUAAAUUGUUUGAUAGUUUUCCCACAUCCCAUCUUCUAAGGAGCUAAGCCCUGAUGCUUUAUCUGAUAGUGAGAGCAAGCUUCCAGUAAUGUAGUAUUGAUUUAUGCCAUUUCAAAUGGCCACUUGCUGAUGUGUCACAAAUGUACAAUUUUAACUUCCUAGAAACUUGCCCCUCAAAGACCUUUGAUGUCUGCCAAAACCAUUCACAACUUGCAGUAUUGUUCAGGCAUAGGUUUAAUUGAUGUCAUCUGGUAACACUGUUGUGAUUGUCAAAGACUUUUGUAUUUAACUGGUUUUGUUGUUGUUUCAAAUGGAAAUAUCAUUGCAGGGUAGUUAUGUUUUGUUUACAAAAAAGUAAAUGUAUAUAAGUGGGGUGUGUAUGUAAACAUUUGAAGCACUUUUAUGCACAUUUACCUUAAAAAGAGUUGUUUAUUUUAUUUUUUAUCUACAUGAUUUUUUAUUUAAGUAACAAUAAAGAGAACAUAAUG